AUCGCGCCAAUAAAAUCAGCUGAAUCGCGAUCAAUUGUUGUUCUUGUUGUCCAAGUCAAAAAAUAACUAACAACAACACCAGUCCAUAGAAUUUUAUUGCCGAGAAUAAACAGCCCAGAGUGGUCGUGCUCUCUCGAACAGCAUACCGACAAACACACAAAAAUUUGUACGCUCUUCUGUUUAUACGCUCGCACUCGCGCUGAUAAGCGAUCAACAGCACGCCAGUGACAAACCGCUUUCGGUAGCAGAGCGCCAAGUAAUAGCCGGAGGCAAACACCAAGUGGCAGUCGAACUUAACAGAUCAGUCGGCGAUUGUGCAGUGCAUUGUUGUUCGUGUGUCAUUUGGACGCUGUUUGCUGUUGAAAGUCGCGAGAAUUUCAUCAGACACGCGAUUUCAAUUGUAUCCAAAUUCCAAUUUGUAUGAAAAAGUUGUUGAGCGGAAAAGUUCCAAAGCGUCAAGUGUUGAUAGUUGGAUAAAGCAACAGCUGGAAAUUUGAGUUUUUUCGAAACUACACUCUGCGACAGACGCGUAAGUGCAUCAGGACCAACAAUGGAAAUGUUUUGGAAGAAGAAAGAGGCUGAGCCAACACCGCCGCCGCCACCAAGCGCCAUGAGGAGUCGAUUAAUUGAGUUCGUGGCGGGAUCAUUGGGUGGCGGUAUACAGGUGUACGUCUCACAACCGUUGGACACCGUGAAGGUGAAGCAACAAACAUUUCCAUUUCUCUAUAAGAAUAUGUUCGAUUGCUUUGUGAGUACUUAUAGGAAGGAUGGCAUAUUUCAUGGCCUCUACGCCGGCAGCAUACCGGCAGUUAUUGCAAAUGUUGCUGAAAAUUCGGUACUUUUCGCCGCUUAUGGCGGUUGUCAGUCGUUUGUAACAUAUCUAGUUGGUAAAGAGAACAAUACACAAUUGAAUACGACAGAGAAUGCAUUUGCUGGCUUUUUCGCGGCAUUCUUCUCCACCUUCACACUGUGCCCGACCGAAUUGGUGAAGUGUAAAUUGCAGGCGAUACGGGAGUCCGCAGAAUGCUGUCCUGGCGUACCGGCUAAUGAGCAUAUGACGCCAUGGAAAUUAACAAAAAUCAUCUACAAAGCAGAAGGUGUGCCUGGCUUUUUCCGUGGACUCACAUCGACCUUCAUGCGCGAAAUGCCCGGCUACUUUUUCUUCUUUGGUAGUUAUGAAGCAACGCGCGAACUGCUUGCUGCACCCGGCCAGGCAAAAGAAGAUAUUGGCGCUCUGCGUACUAUGAUUGCUGGCGCUGUUGGCGGUGUCAUGUUGUGGACAAUGAUUUUUCCUGCUGAUGUAAUUAAGAGUCGUAUACAAGUACAGAAUUUAGAUCACGGCAUGCUGACGGUUGGCUUCAAUAUCGUACGCAAGGAAGGCAUAUUAGCGCUAUACAAUGGUCUGCUGCCUUCCGUGCUGCGCACCAUACCAGCAACGGCGACGUUGUUUGUAGUCUAUGAAUAUACAAAAAAGACUUUACAUGAACGUUUUGAUCCUAAGAGCGUGCCGACGGAUAAGAAGCAAAAGCAAAUUUAGUUUUUUUUUUUUCUACAUAAUUAUUUUUACAUUGUGUUCCUUAAG